GAAGAAGAAGCUAUCACUGCUGUUGUAGCACUGGGGUUGCGGGCGAUCAUCGGUUUUGUUAUCAUUUUAGUCGUUGACAUGAAAAUUUAUAGCCCUUAGAUCGCAGACGACGUCCGAAAAAAGUCAAGAAAGUACGUGGGGGAAAUAAACCUUUGAGCGUUGUUGUCACCACAUGGCUAAGUUUUCUUGGCGCGUGAAUCGCCGCCUUGCUUGAAAUCACUUCCGGCAUGCUGGUUUUCACUCUUCUGCCACCCUGGACCCUUCUCUGUGUACACCUUCAAGACUAAACGGUGAUGACGGUUCCAAAGGUUGCUGUGGGUCUGUGUUGUUGACAAAACUUGGAAAGGUUGCUUCUCCCUGAAGAGCAAAGACCCAACAACGUGAGCAGAUGCGUUCAAGGGGAAGCGUAAUUCAGUGAUGGAUUUAGAUAGCACAUCCAAAAAGAGGCACAGGGAGGAGGAGCCUGGCUUCAAGAACAUCAAGAGGCCAUUUCUUAGAGAAACAAAUUAUGGAACGACGGAGACAACCAAGCCCACUCCUGGCACCUCACCAAGAUCUUCACUGGACCCUCAGCCAUCACUGAAGAACUCGUCAGUUUUUGAACUAUCCGCUGAAACAACAAAGAAACUUCAGAGGUCUGUGUCCGCAGGCUCAGGAUCAUCCUUCACACUUAAAUCCUCACAAUUAAACUUCACUUCUUCAGAGAAAGCCACAUCAGAAGGGGCAAAGAAAGGCUUUAUAACCACUGAGAAUAAUAUAGUGAGGUUAAUUUUUCCCCCAUCUCCUAGUAAAGACAUUCCAAAGAAGCAAAAUGAGGAAAACCAAAAGGAUAAAUCAAGUUCUUCUAAAGCUCAUCGGGAGUGCAGUAAAACUGCACAUGCUGGUACGGUCUACAGUAACUCUGAUCACACUGACUGUAUCCUCGCCAAGACAGAAAGCAAAAGGUCAGAUGGCAGGUCUCAAAAACCGGCAUCUAAGCCAGGUUUGGAAUCCGUUAGUUGUAGAACAACAGAGCACAGUAAAGCAAGCCGUGUACGAAGACCAGUGGCGGCCCCCGACAAUUUAGACCAGCUCUUCACGCCCGAUCCCAAUGUCUAUGUGGUCAGGCCUGGAUGUAAGACUCCAAAGUCCAAGAAGGAAGAGCAAACGAUAAAAUCACCCACAAAGACAGGUUCCAGCCCCAAAUCCAGCUGCCAUCCAACGGGUACUCCUGCUUCCUCUGCUGCUGCGCAACCUCCACAUGUAGCCUCUAACUCGGCUGCCUAUUUGCCAGUUGUGACUUUGGAGCGUUUAAAACUGGGAAAAUCUAAGGGGGAGAGUACCAAGCCUCACAACAACCAUUCCCAGAAACCUGAAACCGGUGAAGGUUUGUGUUGCUCAGAGACAGACACAGCAGCCUCUGUACAAGAGACUGUAUCUCCUCACAGGAAGACUCCGCCAUUAGAGGAGGAGAAAAGUGAAGGCAGUAAAGGGAUGAAAGAAGAAGACUCUAUUGACCUUGAACUAGACCAUAGCUUGAACAGUUCAGAUGAUCUAAAGCUGAAGUCUGACAGCAGCGGGGAGGAGCUGCUGAUCUCCUUCAAGGAGAUGAUGGCGCGCGAUAGGAAUCCUCCAGACACGCCAACGAAAGACACCUUCUCAGAGCCGAGCACUCCAGGAUGUCGUAGCUCUCAGUUAAAAACGUGGCUGCUGCCGUUCACCUCAAGGCCCGUAGCCUACAAGAACAACCUGGACCAGAUGCUGAAGGAGAUUAACAGAAGCAAGAAAGCGAAGGAGAUUGAGGCACAGCUUCUAACUGCUUGCCAAGAAGACCUCUUGAAGCUAGUGGAGUAUGAGGAGGCAGAGGAGAACCAAGCGGAGAUUACCGCUGAACACCAAGAGUUUCUGCAGCACUUCUCGUUGAUGACUACUGCGUUCAGAGAAAUCCCGCCAGGGGAGGUGGUUUUUAACUUGGAAAAGUUUGGCCAGAUCUUUGACCAGGAUACGCUGCAGCUCAGGGAGUGCCCCGUCAGUCCACAAGGGAUCUCACAAAAAACACUGCUUUGGUCCAGUCAUGCUCAGCUGAGAGUGCACUUGAAUAUCGGUCUGUUUGAGCUAGCUUACUGUAACUCACCGUGUUCAGCUCAGAUUCUCAGCUUCCUUUUCAAGAUGAUGUCGGUCCAUAGUGAAAGGAUUGUGUCUGAGAAGAUCCUACAGGACCUUUGUGACAUUGCCCGUUUUGCUGCUUAUCAGAUAGCGCACAAUGACAAUCAGCAGUUCGAAGUGUGGGUCCCCAGUUUGGCCGACGUGACUCUGGUCUUCAUGAACAUGGGGGCUGCAUUUGUGACACUCUUCCCCUUUGAGAGUCUACAGCCAUCAUUUACGGAGGGGGAUUUGCUAGAAGAUGUCUAUGUUAAAAGUGAGAGUCCUUCCAAAAACAAGGAAGAAAUAAUUUUCCCUGAACACAACUGUAUAAACAUCUUAAAGUACCUGUCUUACAGUAUGAGCCUGUGCCCUCGGGCCUACAGCGACUAUGAACUGCUGCUGUUGCUAACUGUGGUGGGCAGGGUCACCCUGGAAACACAGCGAAUCCUCCAGCCCAUUGUAGAAGGGAGGUCUCUGCUCUAUAACAUUAUCAACAACAUCAGCGAUUGGUCUUCUAUGCUGCCCAGAAUCUGUAAGGCCCUCACUGAUUUGACCGACGAUCACCACAACAUGUGCCUGCUAGUUCAACUCCUGCCAGACAGUAAACGUGGAAUACGACUACGCCGCCAUGUAAGCCUGUGCUUUAUCUCUAAGCUGUUGGAUGGAAAUUGCACCUAUACCCCUCAGGCGGAAGAACCUGAGCUUGCUGGGUUGAGGCCAUAUCUUCCCCAAAUUCGACCCUCCGCCCUUCUUCGACGCAUACAGCAGAAAGACCAAGAAGAGGACAUGUUCGAACAAGAUCAAAGGGCCUACUACCUGUGCUAUAGCCUUCUGACUCUGAUUAGUGAAGCCUCCACUUCGGAUGUCUUUCUACCUGAUCAAAAGGCACAGCUGCUUGUUUUGUCAUCCGAACUGGAAAUGCACAUUAAGUGUGACAUCAGGGAGAGCGAGAAAUGUCUUUACCACAGCAAGGUGAAGGAUCUGGUAGCCAGGAUCUACACUAAGUGGCAGAUGCUUCUCCAGAAAGUUCGACCUCUCAAUGAUAAGCUGUAUGAUUAUUGGCAGCCUUUGGAAACAUUUGGGAUCACUGAACAGGAUGGAGAGUCAACUUUUAUUGAAGACGAGGAAACCACAGGAGUUGAGGACACUAUGAUUGAUGAAAAUGACGAAAAGGAAACCGAAGAAAGGGAAGUAAAAGAGGACGUGGAAAUGGGGGGAAAUCCAGGAGACGAUGAACACUAUACAAAGAUGAGUGAAACAACAGCGGCAGCAGAGCAAGUAACUUGUGACAAACAAAACAAUGCCUGUGAUGCAGCCUCCAGCGAUGGAUGAGCAAAUGAAUCCGUUAUAAAGAACGUACAAACAUGGAGAAUGAGACUGCUGGGAGGGUAAACAAGUCUCCCUCUGAUGCCAUCAUGUGAAUCUCUUCCAUGCAUAUCUUUUUAUUGCCGAGUGUUGAAACUUGUCACCUUAAAAUUAAGAUUUUAGCGUUUUUACUUAUUGACUUGGUUGAGUGUAUAACCCUUAGGUUAACUGUACAGCUAAUGGCAGUAAGAUUUAUUAAAAACAACUUUCUGGUUUGUGCUGUAUGAAAUUAAAUUAUUUAAUUGUU